CAGGAAGGUUGAGAGUUUGAGACGGACGGCCACUCCGUGAUAUGGCAACUGGAGGCUCUGAAACUCCAGUUUUGCUCUUAGGUUGCCUCCUCCUCCUGGUCAACUCGGUGGCCGUGGCGAGUCAAGACUCGGUUUCAUUCAACCGGAGCAGUUUUCCUGAGGGUUUCAUCUUUGGCACAGCUUCUGCUUCUUACCAGUAUGAAGGUGCAGCUCAAGAAGGUGGUAAAGGCCCCAGUACGUGGGAUGUUUUCACUCAAAGAUAUCCAGGUAAGAUAAAGGAUCAUAGUAAUGGAGAUGUAGCCGAUGAUUCUUAUCACAAAUACCAGGAAGAUGUAGGGAUAAUGAAGGAAAUGGGAUUGGACGCUUACAGAUUCUCCAUCUCUUGGCCCCGGUUACUGCCUCAUGGAAAAUUGAGUAGGGGAGUGAAUGAGGAAGGAAUCAUAUAUUACAACGGUCUCAUCAACGAGCUCAUAUCCAAUGGUAUGCGGCCCUUCGUGACUCUAUUUCAUUGGGAUCUUCCACAAGCCCUAGAAGACGAGUAUGGUGGUUUCUUAAGUCCUCACAUCAUUGAUGAUUUCCGUGACUAUGCGGAGCUAUGUUAUCGAGAGUUUGGUAAUCGAGUGAAGCAUUGGAUCACCUUGAAUGAGCCAUGGUCCCUCAGCAUUGGAGGAUAUGACUUGGGCAUCCAUGCACCAGGCCGGUGUUCUAAAUUUGUAGGAAAUUGCAGCAGUGGGAAUUCAGCAACAGAGCCAUAUUUGGCAGGCCACCACCAGCUUCUUGCUCAUGCAGCCGCUGUUAAAGUGUACAAGGACAAGUAUCAGGCUUCACAAAAGGGCAAAAUUGGAAUAACAUUAGUCUCACACUGGAUGGUGCCUUUCUCCAAAGAUGUAUCCAACUAUGUUGCGGCUCAGCGAGCACUUGAUUUCAUGUUUGGAUGGUUUAUGCAACCAUUAGCCUAUGGUCACUAUCCAAAAAGCAUGCGAUCUCUGCUCGGAAACCGCUUGCCGGAGUUCUCGAAAGAGCAAUCUGUGAUGGUAAAAGGAUCCUUUGAUUUCUUGGGACUAAAUUACUAUACUGCUAAUUAUGCAGCUAAUUCUCCCUACAGUAACAGUGUUAACAAGAGCUAUUUCACAGAUUUUCACGCUAAUCUCAUGGGGGUGCGGCAUGGGGUCCCCAUUGGUCAAAAGACUGGUUCGGCUUGGCUCUACAUGUAUCCUCGAGGAAUCUGGGAGCUUCUGCUUCUUACAAAGAAAAGAUACAACAAUCCAACAAUCUAUAUUACUGAAAAUGGAGUAUCGGAAGUCAAUAACGAUACACUAACGUUGGAGGAAGCUCUGAAGGACAACAUGAGAAUAGAGUACCAUCGUCGCCAUCUUAUAUUCAUUCGCAAAGCCAUCAAAGAGGGUGUGGAUGUGAGGGGAUACUUUGCUUGGUCACUUCUGGACAACUUCGAGUGGGGCGAUGGAUACACAGUUCGUUUUGGUAUUAAUUAUGUGGACUACAAAAAUGGACUGAAGAGAUAUCCGAAGCAUUCUGCCAUUUGGUUUAAAAAGUUCCUCCAAAGAUAGGUAUACACUUCAUGUAUGUAUAUUAGGCCAUUAUACUUAUACUCAAAUAUAAAGUAUGUUAUUGCAAUG